AAAAUAAUAAUAGUUUUGCAAUCUUGAUGCGAACUUUGGAUACCAGGAAGAUGGCUGCCUUUGUACGCUUUCCUAAUGCUCCAAAUCCAAACGGAGGUAUAGUUCUUUACCCUACCGGACAAAAAAUUGUUGGUUUGCUUUUUUUGGAUACACCAUUGCCAACAAGCGUAACGGUUGCUUCGCAAGCACAACAAUUUCGACCUCCACAAGCACAGCAACCGACGAUGCAAAUGCCAACAGCUGCACAAGUAUUACAACAAAACGCUUUUCAACAUAUUCAUCAACAGCAACAAAUGCAAGCAUUAGCGCAUUUGCAACAACAGUCCAUAGCUAACUUGCCACCAAAUAUGCAGCAAGCGUUAAUGCUUCAACAACAACAACGACAGGCUAUGCAACCUGCUCUAUUACAAAACCUACAAGUUGGAAGUGAACAAGCUUUGUUACGACGUCGAAUGGCUAAUUUAUUUCAGACGGCUAGUAAUGCCAAUACCGACAUUAAUAAUCAACAAAUGUUGGAUAUAUUGCGAACGAGACAAUCUUCUCAACAACCAACUCAAUAA